CUUCUCCUUUAAGGCGACCCGGAAGUGAUGAUCGACAACCCGGAAGUACAGCCUUCCUAUUGCGUCUCACCUUGGCAAAUAUUGUUAUGUUUUAAUGCUGUCUUCGUCUAGUGGCUUAAAGGCAACAACAUGUUUCUUACCACCGCAAAUUUGGCCAAGGCAAAAUCAAAGACCAUCUUGGUUCAAAUGAUGAGCGCAGCCGGGACGGGCUACUUCUUCAACACCAAGAGGAGCCGUCUCCGAGAGAAGAUGGUGCUGCGCAAACACGACCCAUUUGUGAACAAGCACGUUUUGUUUUUUGAAAAGAGGAAGAUCAAAUCGAUAUGAUAAUGGACCAAAAUAUAUGGACAACGCAUACCUGCAACAUUUUUUAUUUUUGGUCGUGGAUUAUACAAGCUGCAAUCAGUCAACGUUUCGGUUUGGCUGCUUGAGGUGUUGUCAGAGGAUUUCGACUGCGAUCUACAAAAUAAAGCCUCUACUCUGCCGACUGCCCCAGAACGACUUGACACUUACUCCGACUCUGCUUCAAGACCACCAUGGAGAUUGUUGUUGGUUCAGUCAACUGUUUCCCAACUUGUAAUUAAACUGGAUAUAUUUUGUGAGACACCAUUUAUUUUAAAGGUAAUAACUGUAACAAUGUUUGUUCAUUAUUAAACCGUUCAAACCUUUAA